UGCAUGGCGGUUUGUGAGAGACAUUCAUCCUGGAGCGAAGGCGAAGUUUCCUUCUUUCAGAAGAAGUGAAGACCCGGGAGAAAGUUUGAGGUUCUGCUUUCCUCUUUCUUCACGUCUUCAUACAAGUAAUAGAGUUUGAAAAAGCUAUAAAAACCAGAUAAUCAAUUUACACCAGAUCUUUUGAAUGCCGUACUGCUAUUUCCGAUCUGAAUUAUCUUAGUUAUUGGGAUAACAGAACAUUUUCUGAUGUGGGUUUUGUUUCUCAUUGAGUUGUAUGAUGCGGGUUCUCUUCAUUAUUGACCCCUCCGAUCUUGGCUAUCCCUGUUAUAAAGUCUUUCUGGGGAAAUAUUGAAUUUUUCGUUCUGUGUUUCGUCUGGAUUGAUCAGUUAUUAUAGGGUAGUGAUUGGCUUUGUUUUGGAUACUCCCCGGAGGAGAGAAGAUGAGGGAAAAACUGCUGCCAAUUUUCAUCUGGGCUUUGUUUUUCUGGGGUUCUUGUCUUGGUAGAUUUGUGGUGGAAAAGAAUAGCUUAAAGGUGACUUCACCUGAGGACCUAAAAGGUGUUUAUGAAUGCGCAAUCGGGAAUUUUGGUGUUCCUCAGUAUGGCGGCACCAUGAUUGGGACUGUAAUUUAUCCAAAAGCGAAUCAGAAGGCAUGCAAGGACUUUGACGAGGUUGAUCUGUCUUUUAAAUCCAAACCAGGAGGUCUUCCAACCUUCCUUCUUGCCGAUAGAGGAGAUUGUUUCUUCACUUUGAAGGCAUGGAAUGCUCAAAAGGCUGGAGCAGCAGCUAUACUUGUCUCUGACGACAAGGUUGAACCUUUGAUCACCAUGGAUACCCCGGAAGAAGAGAAUGCACGGGCUGAUUAUGUACAGAAUAUCAGCAUCCCAUCAGCUCUUAUCAGCAAGACAUUUGGGGACAGAAUAAAAAAAUCUCUAUCGAUGGGUGACAUGAUUAACAUCAAUCUGGAUUGGAGGGAGGCACUUCCCCACCCAGAUGAGCGAGUUGAGUACGAGUUGUGGACGAAUAGCAAUGAUGAGUGUGGCCCUAAGUGUGAUAGCCAGAUUGAGUUUGUCAGGAGCUUCAAAGGAGCUGCCCAGAUACUUGAGAAGAAAGGUUACACACAGUUUACCCCUCACUACAUUACUUGGUACUGUCCAGAUGCCUUUACCUUGAGCAAGCAGUGUAAGUCUCAGUGCAUAAACCAUGGGAGGUACUGUGCCCCGGAUCCUGAACAGGACUUCAGUAGAGGGUAUGAUGGAAAGGAUGUUGUAAUUCAAAAUCUACGCCAGGCUUGUUUGUAUAGAAUUGCAAAUGAAAGUGGCAAGCCAUGGCUUUGGUGGGACUAUGUUACUGACUUUUCCAUUCGGUGCCCAAUGAAAGAGAAGAGAUACACCAAGGAGUGUGCAGAUCAAGUCAUCCAGUCCCUUGGUAUCGAUGUAAAGAAGAUAGACAAAUGCAUUGGAGACACUGAGGCUGAUGUUGAAAAUCCAGUGCUUAAAGCUGAACAAGAUGCACAGAUCGGCAAAGGUUCUCGAGGAGAUGUGACGAUAUUGCCAACUCUUGUCAUCAAUGAUAGACAAUAUAGAGGUAAGUUGGAUAAGGGAGCAGUUCUGAAAGCAAUAUGUGCAGGUUUCCAAGAGACUACUGAGCCAGCUGUUUGUUUAAGUGAAGGGAUAGAAACCAAUGAGUGUUUGCAAAAUAAUGGGGGAUGCUGGCAGGACAAGGCUACUAAUAUUACUGCUUGCAAGGAUACUUUUCGUGGGAGAUUGUGCGAAUGCCCUAUUGUGCAGGGUGUGAAGUUUGUUGGUGAUGGAUACACACAUUGCGAAGCCUCAGGAUCUUUACGCUGUGUAAUUAAUAAUGGUGGUUGUUGGAAGAAAACACAAGAUGGCAAGACUUUUUCUGCUUGCACUGAAGGUCAAUCUAAGGGAUGCAAAUGUCCACCAGGAUUCAAGGGUGAUGGAGUCAAUACAUGUGAAGAUGUAAAUGAAUGUAAAGAAAAGCUUGCUUGCCAAUGUCCUGAGUGCAUAUGUAAGAACACUUGGGGUAGCUAUGAAUGCAGCUGCAGUGGAAAUUUGUUGUACAUGCGAGAACAUGAUACAUGUAUAAGCAAGCAGGGAACAUCAACAAUGGGCUGGAAUAUUGUGGGGGUCAUCGUCCUUGCCUUAGCUGCCAUUGGCGUUGGGGGAUACGCAGUGUACAAAUAUAGAAUCCGGAGAUACAUGGAUUCAGAAAUCCGGGCCAUCAUGGCGCAAUACAUGCCAUUGGAUAGUCAGGGAGACAACUUUAGUCGAGUGACCCAUGCAGACAUAUGAAACUGGAGGUCUGGAGCAACACAAGAAAUCUAUGACCCACCGUUUCAUCUUUUUGAUUGUAUGUAAGGUAUAUAUAUGCUUUCAAUUUAGUACUGGCUGGGCCCCGGACUGCAGAGUGGUAUUUAUGUCCAUACGGGAAGAAUGGACCCAUCUUUAUUUAUUCCUACUCCCACGGAUCACAGUAGGUAAGUAGGCAGAUAAUUAUCUUCUGGAAUUACAAUUUACAAGGGAUUCCAAUUCCUUCUUUUUUUUUAUUUUCUGACGUGUCCAGGAGAUAUUAUAAUUGAAGUACUUGGCAUUUUAUCAUUCA